AUGUCUGAGCAAGAGCGCAUCCAGGAAUGCCUGCGGAAAGAGAUACGGUCCCUUCUCAUCUCCACCAAGGAUGGCUUGACCCCGCAGCAGCUGGAGAAGGAGUACCUGCUGAUGGUCGGCAGCCACCUGCCGCUGCGAGCGCUCGGCUACCGCUGUGUCAUGGAGCUGGUGCUUGACAUGCCCGACGUGGUCAGCGUCUGCCCCUCCGGGGACGGGCUUGUGAUCCUGAAAGCCAUUCCAGAUGAAUCCACCAAAGGAAUAGCAAGUUUAGUUGCCAAACAAAGAAGCAGCCACAAGUUUCGGAGCACCUUGCAGAGGGGAAGGGCCAGCAUGUUCCCUGCGCCGGGCUCUCGGCGGCGAGUCCCCUUCCGGGGCAGGGUGCCCCCGAUUCUCCCUGCCGUGGUCAAGAGCGAACUCAAAGACCUCCUGGCGUUUUCUCCUGUUCUCCUUUCUGAUUUUGAAAAGGCGUUUGUCAGGCGGUUUGGACGAACAUUCCAGUACAUGCAGUACGGAUUCCUCUCCAUGUUUGAGGUGCUGGAUGCAGCUUCAGAUGUCAUCGCCGUAGAGCAGACCCGCAUGGGUUCUCUGCUGACGCUCAGGAAGAACUUGUUGGAGGAAAAGCAGAGACGAUGGUCCCCAGGCAAAAUUUUUGCCCAGCCAUUUAGAGUGGAACAAGGGUCCUACUCCUCAGGCUCCCCGGUUGCAAAGGCUCGCUUCCCACACACAGCCUCAAGCAUGGAGUUCCCGAGGCAAGUAUGGAGCGGGGAGAAGACACCCAAGCUAAAUGGGGCAGACACUUCGUCGAGGCUGACUCCUGCUGAGAGAUUAAACCAGUUGGAGAACACAUUCAAGUCAGUUCUUGCACAAGUUGGACCUGGAGGGACAAUCGAUCCAGAACUAAAACAAAAAAUCAAGUUUGUUGUGUCUAAGUUCCCAGAGGGUUUGUUUCUCUGUAAACUGCUUAGAGAGUUUGAGGUAACUUUUAAAGAGCAACUUUCUCUAAAAAAAUUGGGCUUCCUCAAUGUGAUAGAACUUGUUGGAGCUCUUAGUGAUAUCCUCCGUGUUGAGUUCAGGGAAGGAGAACAAGACAUACUGGUGUUUGACGCCGACGUGAGACCUCUGCCUCCUGUUCAAUCAGAUAAGAAAACUGAAGCCAAGGUUUGUACCUCCACUUCCUCUGGAAAUUUCUUAUCUAUUGCUGCUACCAAAGAGACUGCAUGGGACUGUCCUCCCAAGGAACAGAGAGAGCCGGAAGAGAAAGUUUAUAAGAAGCCUAACAUGGUGGUCAAGCCCCUACAGCUGCAAGUUGAAAUAAACAAACCACAGCCUGACGUGGCAAUGGCAAAUCAUGAUAUUCCACCAGAUGCUGUACGGGAAAAGAAAUUAUACAGACUCCCACCAUUGGACACCAGCACCCUCGUGGGGGUCUUUGUGGAAUAUAUUAUCUCUCCUAGUCAGUUCUACAUCCGAAUUUACAGCAGGGAUUCAUCAGAGCUGCUCGAAGACAUGAUGAUUGAAAUGAGGCGCUGCUACUCGAAUCAGCUGGUAUCUGACCGGUACAUCAUGCCAGAAUAUUUCAUUCAACCGGGACAUCUCUGCUGUGUAAGAAUUUCUGAGGAUAAGUGGUGGUAUCGGGUCAUUAUCCACCGGGUCCUUGGAACACAGGAAGUUGAAGUGUUCUACCCAGACUUUGGAAAUAUUGGAAUUGUUCAGAAGUCAUCUCUAAGGUUUCUCAAGUGCUGCUACACAAAGCUCCCAGCUCAGGCUAUCCCUUGUUCUUUGGCUUGGGUGAGACCAGUAGAGGAACACUGGACAUCCAAAGCCAUUUUGCAGUUCCAUAAAUUGUGUGGUCUGAAGCCGUUGGUAGGGGUGGUGGAUGAAUACAUAGACGGAGUCUUGAACAUUUUUCUGUGUGAUACAUCCUCAAAUGAAGAUGUCUAUUUCCAUCAUGUCCUGAGAACAGAAGGCCAUGCUGUCGUGUGCCGAGAAAAUGUUCCUUCUAAGGGUUUCAGAGACCUCAACCCGUUGGCGUUAUACACCAAGUCCAGUAGUAAGGCCAAGGAUAUCUUGACAGAACUGGGUUACCCUUCCCAGCGGCAUUAUUUUAAUGAAGAUCGAGAGAUAAGUCCUCAAUCCAAAGAGAGUGAAUUACACACCCUGGACGAGAUCCCCAGUGGAAUGCCGUACCUGGAGUCAGUGACCAUAGGUGAUGAUGUCUGGGAUGAGAACUGGUUACCACUGCAGGCCAAAAUGGGGAAAGGAGAUGACGCUGGCUUCGGGAUGCCCACCGCUAGCCCUGGUGGAGACGAGUGUCCACCCUGUGAAGAAAUACCCCAGGAGGAUAGGUGCUUUUCUGUACCCAAAGAUGCGUGGGAUGAUAAAGUCAUGUGGCAGCCCUCAGGCCCUGAAAACGGAGUGAAAGUAGAAGGACUGGGUGUCCAGGACCACAACACUGGCACAGCUGGCACACAGCAGCUGAGUCUAAAGGAGCCCUCCGAUUGCUCCACACUGCCCAAACUGGAGGAGUUCUAUGUCUCUCUGAUCCAGUCACAGCAGUUAGCAGAAGGGAGCCCCUUUGAACCUGACAGCGCCCAGGGGCAGCCAAAGCCAAUCCAGCUCUCUCCAGCAGCGCUCGACUCGCCUCCUGCAGCGUUGGACUCCCCAGAAAAUCACCACGGCUCUGUGGAAAGCUCUCCAGGAAGCCUCAAGAGUGAGGGUGUUUCUGGUAGCCACGCCAUCACUGUGUUCAAGGACAAGGUACAAGGGGCCAUGGACCAGCUCUCUCUGAUUUUGUCUCCCGAACACCAGAUUUCCCAGAAACUCUACAUUCCUCGGAGCACAGCCACUGCUGCCUUGGGAGCCGCUGCCCGGCUGGCCACGUCCCAGAGUCUCCUGCUCUGGUACCCCAGUGUGAAAAGGAUGGAAGCCUGA